AUGCGCCUCGGCCGGGGGCUGCUGCGGCUGCCGCGCCGCUCGCUGCUCGCCGCGCUCUUCUUCUUCUCGCUGUCGUCCUCGCUGCUCUACUUCGUCUAUGUGGCGCCGGGCAUAGUGAAUACCUACCUCUUCAUGAUGCAAGCUCAAGGCAUUUUGAUCCGAGACAACGUGAGGACAAUUGGAGCACAGGUUUAUGAGCAGGUGGUGCGGAGUGCAUACGCCAGGCGCAACAGCAGCGUCAACGACUCAGAUUAUUCUCUUGACUUGAACCACAGCGAAACCUUCCUGCAAACCACCACCUUCCUCCCUGAGGACUUCACCUACUUCGCAAAUGGCACCUGCCCCGAGAGGCUCCCUUCCAUGAAGGGCCCAAUAGAUAUCAACAUGAGCGAGAUUGGAAUGGAUGCCAUCCACCAGCUCUUCUCCAGAGACUCCAGCAUCAAGCUGGGAGGCCACUGGGAGCCAUCGGACUGUGUGGCCCGGUGGAAGGUGGCAAUUCUCAUCCCCUUCCGGAACCGCCAUGAGCAUCUUCCGGUCCUAUUCAGGCACCUCAUCCCUAUGCUGCAACGCCAGCGCCUGCGCUUUGCCUUCUAUGUGGUUGAACAAGUUGGCACCCAACCAUUCAACCGAGCCAUGCUCUUUAAUGUUGGCUUUCAAGAGGCCAUGAAGGACUUGGACUGGGACUGCCUCAUCUUUCACGAUGUGGACCACAUCCCAGAAAGUGACCGGAACUAUUAUGGAUGUGGACAGAUGCCAAGGCACUUUGCCACUAAGUUGGAUAAAUACAUGUACUUGCUUCCUUACACAGAGUUCUUCGGAGGAGUGAGUGGCCUGACGGUGGAGCAGUUCCGCAAGAUCAAUGGCUUCCCCAAUGCCUUCUGGGGUUGGGGUGGAGAGGAUGAUGACCUCUGGAAUAGGGUGCAGAAUGCAGGCUACUCAGUGAGCAGGCCUGAAGGGGACACAGGCAAGUACAAGUCCAUCCCUCACCAUCAUCGAGGAGAAGUUCAGUUCCUUGGAAGGUAUGCACUGCUGAGGAAGUCUCGGGAGCGCCAGGGGCUGGACGGUCUCAGCAACCUCAACUAUCUGGCAAAUGUCACAUAUGACGCCUUGUAUAAGAACAUCACGGUCAACCUGACCCCUGAGCUGGCUCAGGUGAGCGACUACUGAGCAAGGCGGGGCCAUGCCACGCCAUGC